AUGGCCUUCAACGGCAACAACUUGAGUCCCAAUGGCUAUCCCGCGAGAAGCGCAUGGUCUUCGUCUGGCCGCACCCACGGCCGCCAAAAGAGCCUCGGCGAUGCGUUCCGAACGAUUCGUGCCAGAAAUGGCAGCAUGAGCCAAAACGCCCACGAGAUCGCCGAUGCGCUACGAGCCCCAGUGUCCCCAAAGCUUGUCAUUCUCUGCUUGAUGUGGUACACAUCGUCUGCUCUGACGAAUACGUCGUCAAAGUCCAUCCUCAAUGCCUUUAAUAUGCCCGCAACGUUGACCCUCAUUCAAUUUGCGUUUGUAUCUUCUCUCUGCGUCUUUCUCUCCUGGCUGUCGGGCAUCUUCCCCGUCCUUCGCACCAAGAUCUCUGCGUUAAGACACCCCAUCCGCGAGCCCAGCAGAGAAGUCAUCAUGACAACGCUACCCCUAGCUAUGUUCCAGAUCGGCGGCCAUCUCCUCAGCUCGACCGCGACGGCUAAAAUACCCGUUUCGCUUGUUCACACUAUAAAGGGCCUUUCGCCGCUGUUUACCGUGCUUGCUUAUAGACUGAUUUAUAACAUCCGAUACCCCACAGCUACCUACCUCUCCUUGAUUCCUUUGACAAUAGGAGUCAUGUUGGCUUGUUCCAGCGAACGAAGCUACGGCGGCCAACUACUCGGUGUUUUGGAGGCGCUCCUGGCAACCCUCAUUUUUGUAACGCAAAAUAUCUUCUCCAAAAAGCUGUUCAACGAAGCUGCCAAAGUCGAGUCCGAGGGCGGCAACGUCCAAUCCAAGAAACUCGAUAAGCUUAAUUUGCUGUGCUACUCGUCCGGUAUGGCCUUUGCGCUGACUAUGCCGAUUUGGUUUUGGACAGAGGGCAUCACUCUUCUGAAAGACUUCCUCCAUGACGGGUCAGUAGACCUCAGCGAGCUGCCCAAUUCGAUGGACCAUGGCCGCCUGACGCUGGAAUUCAUCUUCAACGGCAUUUUCCACUUUGGACAGAACAUCAUUGCCUUCAUCCUACUCUCCAUGGUUUCUCCAGUCACAUACUCUGUCGCCAGUCUCAUCAAGCGCGUUUUCGUCAUCGUCAUGGCCAUCAUCUGGUUCAGGAGCCCGACAACCUCCGUGCAGGCAGUGGGCAUUGCUCUCACCUUCCUGGGUCUUUAUCUCUACGACCGGACCAGCGAAUCCAACAAAGCGGAUCGAAGCGCGCGAAUGAUGUCGGAGUCCCGGAAUGGAGCGCCUUUAUUACCGCUCACCGAGGCGCCCGCGCAGACGGGUCGCUACCGUGCAUCUCCUCAGCUGAGAAACGGUGCAUUUCAGUCAUAG